UAAAACAACUAAUAUUAUUAUUAAAUAUGAAAAACAUUGUGCUAUUGGCUGUUUUUGGACUAUUGCUAGUAAGUGCCACCCGUGCCGACCAGUUAGUGGACUCGGACGAUGAUCUCGAAUCGGAAGCAUCCGACCAGGACCUGGCCGUAGCCGAAACGGCCGGUGCAGGCAAGGGUGCGGCAGGUGCUGCAGCUGCCGGUGCCAAGUUUGCCAAAGGCGGUGCUGCCGGUGCUAAGGCCGGUGCCAAAGCAGCGGCUGCUUUCGGUGCUAAAGGUGGCAAAAAGGGUGGGUUCGCUGCUGGAGGUGCAGCCGGUGCUGCAGGUUUCAAAAAAGGCGGUAAAGCCGGUGCUGCCGGUGCUGCCGGGGCUGCAUUCAAAAAAGGGUUCAAAAAAGGGGCGUUCGGUAAGGUUGGUGGUGCCGGUUAUAACAAAAAGUUUGGUGCCGUCAAAACAUUCGGUAUGAGCCAGGGAUUCAAGUUUGGCAAAGCUGGCGGUGCUUUCGCUGCUGGCGGUGCUGCCGGUGCUGCAGCCAAAAAGGGCGGUAAAUUUGGUGCCGCCGGUGCAGCCGGUUUUAAAAAGGGAGGAAAGGCAGCUAAGGCUGGUUUCGCAGCAGCCGGCGGUGCUAAGGCCGGAGCCGCAGGUAAGGCCGGCGCAGCUGCCGGUUUCAAAAAGGGAGGCGCCGCCGGUGCCGCCUUCAAGGGCGGAAAGGCGGCCGCAGGCGGUAAAGGACUUAUUGGUUAA